AUGGACAAGUUUUUGAAAAGGAAAGAACUGGACUCUGAACAAAAUUUGGAGCCAGAUGAGAGCCCAAGUAUGAGUGGGGAUCAAAAGAAAGCAAAGAUGGUUAGCUCAAGCAAAUUCUCUGGCACAAGGCAAUAUAGCGAAAGCUAUAUUUCAUUUGGAUUUACUUUCACCGGAGAUGCAAACAAACCAACUCCACUGUGCGUGGUGUGUGGUGAAAAGCUAGCUAACAGUGCUAUGGUCCCAAGCAAACUUAAACGCCAUCUCCAAACAAAACACCCUUCGCUUCAAAACAAGAAUGCGGACUAUUUUGUUCGCCUGCGUGAAAACACGGAGAAACAGGCAACUUUCAUGAGAAAAACCACAAAGGUAAAUGAAAGAGCUCUUAAAGCUAGCUAUCAAGUUGCUGAACUUAUAGCCAAGUCAAAAAAGUUGCACACUGUGGCAGAGACAUUAAUACUUCCUGCCUGCAAAGCUAUUGUAGAGGAGAUGCUCGGACCUGAAGCAGCUAAGGAAAUAGCCAAAGUCCCUCUCUCAGACAACACAAUUUCCAGACGUAUUAAUGACAUGUCUGCAGACAUCGAAAGUGGGGUUUUGGAAAAGAUCCGUAUCAGUGAGAAAUUUGCAUUGCAACUUGACGAGUCUACUGAUAUCAGUGGACAUGCUCAACUCUUGGCCAAUGUGCGUUUUGUUGAUGGUGAUGCAAUUAGAGAAAACUUCUUUUUUUGCAAGGCAUUGCCAGAAAAAACAACAGGAGAAGAAAUUUUUCGGGUCACAUCAGAAUACCUUGAACAAGGAGGACUUAAGUGGGAAAACUGCACAAGUGUCUGCACCGAUGGAGCUGCAGCCAUGGUCGGGCGCACCAAAGGCUUUGUAAGCAGAGUGAAGGAAAGAAAUCCAGAUGUGAUUGUUACGCAUUGUUUUUUACACCGUGAGGCCCUCAUAGCCAAGACUUUACCAGCAGACCUAGUUCAUGUGUUGGAUGAUGUUGUGCGCAUGGUAAACUUUGUAAAGUCACGACCCGUGAAAAGUCGCAUAUUUGCAGCUUUGUGUGAGGAGAUGGGAGCGAAGCAUAAAACCUUGCUGUUUCAUACGGAGGUCCGGUGGUUGUCGCGUGGCAAGGUCUUGUUUCGUGUGUAUGAGCUGUGGGAGGAACUUAAAGUGUUUCUGACAAAUGAGAGGUCAGAUUACGCAAAGCUGCUUGCAAGUGAUGAGUGGUGUGCAAGGCUGGCAUACCUGGCAGAUAUAUUUCAUCUGAAUGAACUGAACACACGAAUGCAAGGCCGAAAUGAAAACCUGCUUACAAGUACAGAUAAAAUAAAUGGAUUCCGUUCAAAGGUGCAACUCUGGCAUCAACACGUGGAAAGUGGCAAUCUUGAAAUGUUCACACUCACCAAGCUAUGGGAAGGUGUUCACACUGCUGCACUGUGUGAGAUAAUAGUUAAACAUUUAAAAACUCUCGAGGAGAAGUCAUUUUAUUUCUCUUCAGUCUCCACUGAAUGCCUUGACUGGGUUAGGGACCCUUAUAGCUCAGCAUCAGUUGGUGGAAAGGACAUGACUUUACAGGAGCAGGAGGAACUAACUGAACUGAGACAAAAUCGUGGUUUCAAGCUAAGUUUUGCUGAUCUACCUUUGAACAGUUUUUGGUUGGAUACUGCCAAGGAGUUCCCCCUUCUGGCAAACAAAGCUAUUUUGACAUUGCUCCCAUUUUCCACUACAUAUCUGUGUGAGAUGAGCUUUUCAAGCAUGAUUGCUAUAAAAACUAAAUACCGGGAGAGACUGAGAGCUGUUGACGAAGAGCUACGUGUGUGUCUUUCUUCGAUUCCAGCCAGAAUAUCAGCUUUGUGUUCAGCCAAACAGGCCCAGGUUGCGCACUGA